AUGACUCAUGAGUUUACCAACUUUUUUUACUCCUCUUUUGGAAUCAAAAUCGUCAAAGGCGCUGUAGCUGCUGGAUUCAACACCAACUCAAACGGAGAGGUCACUGAGGUGAAACUCAAGGAUGGAAGAACACUGGAAGCUGACAUUGUUAUCGUUGGUGUUGGUGGUAAACCAUUGACAUCACUCUUCAAAGGUUUGUGA